UUAUGAACUACAUGGCAAAAAGAUUGGAAGCUUUCGUGGAAGCUCCAUGGUCCAAAUAAACUUGUUAAUAGUAAAAACGUCAAAUCUGGCCCUACUGCAAGCUAGUGGGGACGUUAACUAAGGGAGAGAGAGAGCAUCGGAUUUUUUGGAUUGAGGUUGUUCAUCAAGAACGGGAAAUUGCCGUUGCUCUCUUCAAUUUGUCCCUCUACGUGAAUCUCUCAAGCGCGAAAGUGGAUCGAGGGAUUCAAAUUACGAUGAACAGCAUGUAAGUAGUCCAACGAAGAGUGUUGAGAGAAGAAUGCCAGUGGAGAGUGAGGAUUUCUUCUCCCCAAUUUUUGACGAUGGGCUGAAUCGUUUCAUAUCGGCCUGCCUGUGGCUACCAAGUGUCACAAUAGGCACAUUCUUUAAUCUUGCUGUGAUCGAGGGCAUCAAAGAUGACCAAUAUUCCACACUUGUUCGGCAAUUGCAAGUAGGCAUUUUGACCCUCAAUGUGUGUCACAACGUGUGUCCCAUUUGGAUCGAUAUCAUUCGUCAAUUAUACGGACCUCUUCCCACUUCCAUUUGCACAUUGGCCGUUCAUUGGAAGUACUCCCGAUUCCUACUGACCUAUCUUUUGGCAGGGGAAGGCCACUUGUUGCGGAUCCUUUAUUGCACGGUCUGGUCUAAUGUGGGAUACCUCAAUGAUCAAUUUGCUUUGCAAUUUGUUCAUGUUUGGAACGCGCUAAUAGCCCUUCAUUUAUGCGCGUUAACGUGGCUGCUAGAGGACCAUCAAAAUCUGAGAUUCUUUUUGUGCACCGGAACCGAGCCAAAUAAGAGACCAAACACAGUUGACCGGUUAUUAACACAUUUGAUCAUUUAUUCUUUGUGCAUUAUGGUUACAGCCUCAUUUGUUACGAAAAUGAAAAGUAGAAAAUGCUUGAAGAAUCGAAACGAAGUGCAAGGUUUGAGCAAUUACGUUCCACCCAAAAGAACUUUCGCGGAUUUACUUAAUCUGAAGAUGGUUCAAGUUCCUUUGAUCUUGUUAGCGCUUGUUCCCGAGAUGUAUUUCUCUCAUGUUCCAUGGGACGCGACGCUCAACUCGGGGGCUCGAUCCAGACUAUUAUGUGUCUCCCAAUUUUUCUACCAUUUCGUAUUAGGCCUGGUUAUCCCUUUGACGUAUAUCAUGGUAGAUGACAAGAUCCACACCGGCUACCUUCAGCUCAAAAAAGAUACUAUGAAUUGGAUGAAGUCGAAAUUCUGGCUCAAUCAUAGACUCUCACGAGCAACCCUGAUUGUUAUCGAGAACAAGCAUUAACAGAGUAAAUCGAUUUGAUAAAUCUAUGUA